AUGGAGACACACAUGCUGGCAGCGAGCGACGCAGCUGAGCGAGGACGGACCGAUGAACGGACAUGCUGCCUGGCUGGGCGGAUGCUUAACCUGCGUGUUCGCUUGAUAACGGGGCCCAGCAAUCACAACUACGGCUUCACUCGAGGCAAGACAAGACGAUUAUCUCUGGGCAGCGAUUCUGCGUUCCUUUCUUCCUUCCUGCACCCCGCGUGGCAGGGGGGAAGACAGACAUGGAACCAAGAUGGAGAGCCGGUGGGCAUGGUGGACAUGGAGCCUCUACGGGCCCGACUGUCUUGGAGAUGGAACAGAAGUUUCAACAAUUACUCGUUUCAAUCUCCACCGAACCAGGUUGUAAGCUGGAGGGAGACGCAGACGAAGAGGACGAAGAGACGACUUCCUUCAAACGACACUCCGGACAACCUCCUGAAGAGCCAUCUCGAACCUCGACCUGGACCACCUGUCUAUAAUAACGAACAAUACGAGCAUGUCGGGCUAUGCUGGUCGUACUAG